AAUGCGCAAAUCAGCGUCGUAUUUAUACGAAAUUGGGCUUCUUUUCUUCUUUUCCCUUCUUUUCCUGUUUGGGGUUUAGGAGAGAGAGAGAGAGAGAGAGAGAUGGAUGGACUAACAGAGGAGGAAAGAAGGGCUCUUCGUGGAAGCAAAUUCGCUCCGCUUCCAUCCAGACCGCUUCCCUCCCGAUCUCAACCCAGGUUGGCUCACCCUGGUGGACCGUUGACGACAAACAAGGCUGCUGCUUUGGCUAAAUUCCUUGAACGAAAACUCCAGGAUCCCAAUGGGCUGGCUUCAAUAAAUCCCGAUAUUCUUGAAUUGGCAGUGAAAAAUGCAAAAGAUACAGUAAAUGCAAGUGGGACUUCUUCGAAUUCAGGGAGAACAAUUCGACAUGUAGAUUCGUUUGGUGACUCUGAGUGUUCUUCUGGAGAAGAGAGAGUGGAAAAGCCCGCGUCGAAGAAACAGAAGAAGAAGAAGAGGAAGAAGAAGAAGGAUAAAAAGAAAAACAAACAAAAGUUGUUGGCGGAUCCUGGAAAUGCUACAGUGAGAAAGCCCAAAAAGAAGUUGAAAUUGUGAUUUGGGUUGAAUUUUGGUCAUAACGAUUUGUAUCAGGGAGGUACAACCUAAGGAUUACCAUGAAUUUUUGUUUGAUUCUGCAAAAUAGGUGACGCCUAUGGGAAAUAGGCAUGGUUCCGUUGAGUUCCAUGGAUGUCUUGGGUUUUCCUUCAGAAUUCACUUCCUGUGUGGAAUGGCAGGCAAAUCCUUCUGGUUUUGUGCAACCUACUCUUCUGGUUGUAAUGCAUUUUAUUCCCAUGGUGAAUUUCACUGUAGUGCAUUUAUUCCAGUAUUUUUCGGAUGGGAUUAUAAUUUGUUUCCUCAAAAAUUUGAAUUAUGAAUUGUAAUAUUUUAAUGAUUCAAUGUAUGACAUUUCAUUAAAUUUCACUUUUAGGCAAUGCCCUGGUAUAUGUUCAA